GCUGGUUCGGGGCCGGAGCCCCCGGCGGCCCCGAGCCCUGGCCCUCCUCCAGCCCCGGAGGCAGAGGUGAGGGAGGGCGGGACGGCCCUGCCAUGUAGCAGCUCGGGACAGGUUCUCGGAGCCUGCGGAGCGAGCGCGCGUUCGGAGAUGGGGGCUUACUGGUCUGGCCCGGCUGACUCCGCUUCUAAAGACCCUUUUCGGUGUUCCGAAUGUCAAGAUCCUCUCACCAGCUGGUACUAUGAAAAGGAUGGGAAGCUCUACUGCCACAAGGACUACUGGAGGAAGUUUGGAGAGUUCUGCCAUGGCUGCUCGCUGCUCAUGACCGGCCCCGUCAUGGUAGCUGGAGAAUAUAAGUAUCACCCAGAAUGCUUUGCCUGCAUGAGCUGCAAGGUGAUCAUUGAAGAUGGAGACGCCUAUGCCCUGGUUCAGCAUUCCACUCUGUACUGUGGGAAGUGCCACAAUGAGGUGGUGCUCACGCCCAUGUUUGAGAGGCUGUCCACAGAGGCUGUCCAUGACCAGCUGCCUUAUUCCGUUACACUCAUCUCCAUGCCAGCCACCACAGAAGGCCAGAGGGGCUUCUCGGUGGCCAUCGAGAGUGCCUGCUCUGACUAUGCCACCACAGUGCAAGUGAAAGAGGUCAGCCGGAUGCACAUCAGCCCCAACAUCCGAAACGCCAUUCACCCUGGGGAUCGGAUCCUGGAGAUCAGUGGGACCCCCGUGCGAACCCUGCGGGUGGAGGAGGUGGAGGACAUGAUUGGCAAAACAAGCCAGACCCUUCAGCUCUUGAUUGAGCACGACCCUGUCUCCCAGCGUCUGGAUCAUCUUCGGUUGGACGCCCGCCUUUCCCCCCACAUGAAGACUGUCAGGGCCCCCCAUGCCAUGAGCACCCUGGAGGUUAAGGAGAACCUGGAUGGGACACUGCGGAGGCGAUCUCUCAGGCGCAGUAACAGCAUUUCCAAGUCUCCGGGCCCCAGCUCCCCCAAGGAGCCGCUGCUGCUGAGCCGAGACAUCAGCCGCUCCGAGUCCCUGCGCUGCUCGAGCAGCUACUCUCAGCAGAUCUUCCGACCCUGCGACCUGACCCACGGAGAGGUCCUGGGGAAAGGCUUCUUUGGCCAGGCCAUCAAGGUGACCCACAAGGCUACGGGCAAGGUCAUGGUCAUGAAGGAGCUAAUUCGGUGUGACGAGGAGACGCAGAAGACCUUCCUUACGGAGGUAAAAGUCAUGAGGAGCCUGGACCAUCCCAACGUGCUCAAGUUUAUUGGGGUCCUCUACAAGGACAGGAAGCUGAACCUGCUGACAGAAUACAUCGAGGGGGGCACCCUGAAGGACUUCCUUCGCAGCGUGGACCCAUUUCCCUGGCAACAAAAGGUCAGCUUUGCCAAAGGAAUCGCCUCCGGGAUGGCAUAUCUGCACUCCAUGUGCAUCAUUCACCGAGAUCUGAACUCGCACAACUGCCUCAUCAAGCUGGACAAGACUGUGGUGGUGGCUGAUUUUGGGCUUUCAAGGCUCAUCGUGGAGGAGAGGAAGAAGCCCACCCCAGAGAAGGCCUCCACCAAGAAGCGCACCCUCCGCAAGAGUGACCGCAAAAAGCGCUACACGGUGGUGGGGAACCCUUACUGGAUGGCCCCCGAGAUGCUCAACGGAAAGAGCUAUGACGAGACCGUGGAUGUCUUCUCCUUUGGAAUAGUUCUGUGUGAGAUCAUCGGGCAGGUGUAUGCUGACCCCGACUGUCUCCCCCGCACACUGGACUUUGGCCUCAACGUGAAGCUUUUCUGGGAGAAGUUUGUGCCCACAGACUGUCCCCCAGCCUUCUUUCCCCUGGCCGCCAUCUGCUGCAAACUCGAGCCGGAAAGCAGACCCCCAUUCUCAAAACUGGAAGAUUCCUUCGAAGCACUUUCCCUCUAUCUGGGAGAACUGGGGAUCCCCCUCCCCUCGGAGCUGGAGGAGCUGGACCACGAGGUGAGCGCGCAGUACGGGCUGAGCCGAGAGCCCUUGUCCUAAGCCCUUCCCCAGGCCGCCAGCGCUGUGGACAGAGGAACGAGGCACCGAGCCUCCCGGAGGGCACGGAGACCCGGCGCUGCCCGCCUCUGGAGCCGGGGCCAGCCCUUCUCUGCUACCUCCUCCGGAGGACACCGUGCCCGACACUACUGCUCAGGAGAGGCGUCUGGGGCCCGCAGGCCGCCUCCUCACCGUCUCCACACGCGGCCCUCGACUGCAAGCUGUGAAGCGACGCCCCGGCUCCUCUGCCAGGGAGCCGCCCACCCCGGGGAGAAUCCAGAGGGCUGGGGCGCUGCCUCCCCCUCGGCCGGGCUCUGCCACGGUAGACGUGUGUGAGCAGAGCGUGCCUGAGGUGCUGCCUAGCAUGCCCCGGCCUGCCCCUCUGGGUCCCUGUUACUGGGGGCCCCGAAUGCCCCGGUGGAGCCUCGCUGGCCUGUGUGUGCCAACACCAGGAACCCGGGGCCCCCCUCCCUGCGACCUCAACGUGGUGGCAGCCAGAAGGGAGAGGGAAUGAGGGCCGGCGCCUGGCAGCAGCAGAUGGGCCCUGAAGCUGGCUGGGGUGGACGUUCCCUGGGGCUGGGCAUCUCCACUCCAGCAGCCUCGGGGGAACAAAGGCAGGGAGCCCCGAAGCCAGGCUGACUCCCCACCCCCUGCCCUUUUCCCAACCGGCUUGGAGCAAGUGCCGACCCAGAAAAGAAUCCGGAGGAGCAGCCCUGGCGCUCCCGUGGGCCCAGGAGCCCCCAAGGUUGGCCUUGUCUGGCGCUCCUCCAGGCAGGCUCUGUGUUUAAUAGGGUGGCGGCACUGGGGGACCCCAAGAUGUGUGGAGGGGGCGGGCGAGGGCUCUUCAUGCCUGUGUGGGCCCCAUUGACCGAAAUCUGUGAAAUAAUGUAUAUAGGUCUGAGGAGUGGUGGAGCCGCUUGGCAUCUCCGGACUCAAGUUUACUUUUUUCCCUGAUGAGCUGGGCAGGCCGGCUGUUGGCCUCUGGAGACUCCUCAGGGGCAGGAGGUGGUGGGCCUGAUGGGGAGGAGGACCCUCGGGAGGCCCAGAUAGUCGGGUGGGAGGAAGCUGGCCCGAACCCGGCCUUCCCCUGGCAGGGCAAGAACCAGUGUUGUUCAUGGCGAGUGUGAAAAGAGGGGAGCCCAGCCCAGCCAUGGGGCUGACGUCAAUAAAUUAAGCAAUAAAUAGAGCUGAUGGAA